AUGACGUAUAUGAGAGCUGUGAGUGGGUCGAUUUGUUCAGCUCGGUUCUCGAAGCAGAUUGGAGAACGACAUGCCAAUGUCAAAGCGCUUGAGAUGUACAAAGAAGCCCGGCUCUUCAGCGAAGUUGGCGGCGCAUUGCUGCUGGGCUUUGCCUGUCCACAAAGAAUUCACGGCUCACAGCACCCAAGCGGGAAAAAGCGGUGGAAACCUGCUCCUUGCAAUGUAGCAAUUUUAAGGAGGAUCACUAUGGCCCCUUUCUCAGUCCUGAUAGCAGCUCAGAAGCAAAAUGACAGGCCAAUGAAGAAUUUAUUUGAAAUCUCACCAGGAACCGAGAGGCUUGCUGAACAGAGUAUAUUAGAGCGGCGGAGACAGGAUUUCAAUGCAUGGGGCUUCAAAUUACUUCUGAUGCUUGAAAAGAGUGGCACCAGCAACACAGAUCAGCUGAGCGUGAAGGACAGCGGUAAAGGAGACAGUGAUUUCAAUGACAGCGACUCUGACAUCAGCGGAGCUGCUCAGAAAAGAGGCCUGACGACCUUCCAGCCGGUGGCCAGAGGUGCAUUCAACAGCGCAGGAGACUGGAAGAGCAAAGCUCACUUUACCCAGACCCGAAACAUGCACAUCCCGCCUGGCAGCGCCUACACCAUCGGAUUCGCACCGGCACCGCUUUACAACACGACCCACGUCACUCCUCGUUCCUGGAGAGACAGCCACAGUAAAACCAACAUGCUGAACGCACAGACUUUCUCCAGGACAGGAACGCUGCCGUCAUACUCGGCCCAUCACACGGGCGUCGAAGAGCAGAUUGUGACGGUCAAAGAUGCGUUUCUGGUUUCAGAUUCAUCUGAAGUUGCUACCACUUUUUAAAUAUCAGAUAAGAGUUCAGUCUUGUUCAUGGAAUCUGCUAUUUUAGCUGAUUAUGUGAGCGUGACGGACUAAGCAAAACUUUCCAGCAAUUUAGCAGUCAGUAUUUUUGAUACUUGCAACAAAUGGAAGUGUUUUUCCUUUCUUUUCUUAUUUUUUUAAUUCAGGAGAAUAUAUUGAAGAACAGC